GGCCUGACCGGGCCCGGGGCCCCCCCGCGCCCCCCGGCACCGGCCGCGGAGCCGCCAUGGGAGCGGCCGGGGGCUGAGCCCCCCCCAGGCACCGGAGGCGGCGGCACCCGGCGGCACCAUGGAGCCCUGAGCACAGCGCCGGGGGGGCGGCGGGGGCCGGGCGCCAUGGCCAAGCUGCUGGUGUCGCUGGUGGUGCUGGGCGCCGUGACGCGGCCCCAGGCGCAGCCCCGCUGCCCCGGCCGCUGCAUCUGCCCGGCGGCGGCGCCCAGCCCCACGCUGCUCUGCGCCAAGACGGGGCUGCUCUUCGUGCCGCCCGCCAUCGACCGCCGCACCGUGGAGCUGCGCCUCACCGACAACUUCAUCGCCGCCGUGCGCCGGCCCGACUUCGCCAACAUGAGCAGCCUGGUGCACCUCACCCUCUCGCGCAACACCAUCAGCCACGUGGCGCCCGGCGCCUUCGCCGACCUCCGCGCCCUCCGCGCCCUCCACCUCGACGGCAACCGGCUGCUGGCGCUCGGCGGGGCCCAGCUCCGCGGCCUGGCCAGCCUGCGCCGCCUCAUCGUGGCCAACAACCAGCUGGGGCGGGUGGAGGCGGCCGCCUUCGCCGCCUUCGCCGCCACCGUGGAGGACCUGGACCUCUCCUACAACAACCUGGCCAGCGUGCCCUGGGAGGCCAUCGGCGCCAUGCGCAGCCUCAACACCCUGACGCUGGACCACAACCUGCUGGAGCGGGUGGCCCCGGGGGCCCUGGCCCGGCUGCCCAAGCUGGCGCGCCUCGACGUCACGGCCAACCGCCUGCGCACGCUGCCGGAGCCGGGCGGGGGGCCGGAGGGGCGGCCCAGCCUGGCGCUGGGCGGCAACCCGCUGCACUGCAACUGCGAGCUGCUGUGGCUGCGGCGGCGGGCGCCGGGCGGGCUGGAGACGUGCGCCACGCCGGCGCGCCUGGCCGACCGGCCGCUGUGGGCCGUGCCGGAGGAGGACUUCGUGUGCCAGGCGCCGCUGAUCACGCGGGCGCGGGCCAGCGCCGGGGCCGUGCUGCAGGGCCAGGCGGUGAGCGUGGGCUGCGCGGCCGCCGGCGACCCGCCGCCGGCCCUGCGCUGGCUGGCGCCCGACGGCCGCCCCGUGCGCAACGGCACCCGGCGGGCGCUGCGGCCCGACGGCACCCUGGAGCUGCGGGCCGCCACGCUGGGCGACCACGGCGCCUUCACCUGCGUGGCCUCCAACGCCGCCGGCGAGGCCGCAGCCCCCGUGCCGCUGGCCGUGCUGCCGCUGCCGCUGCCCGCCGCCCGCCCGCCCCCGCCGCCCGCCGCCAGCCCCUCCGACAUGGCCCGCGCCGGGGACGGCGCCGGGGACCACGAGCGGCGCGUGGUGGCCGCCGAGCUCACCGCCUCCUCCGCCCGCAUCCGCUGGCCCGCCCAGCGCCCCGCGCCCGGCGUCCGCAUGUACCAGAUCCAGUACAACAGCUCCCUCGACGACAGCCUCGUCUACCGGAUGAUCCCCUCGUCCAGCAAGACCUUCGUGGUGACGGACCUGGCGGCGGGCCGCGAGUACGACCUGUGCGUGCUGGCGCUGUACGAGGACGGCGGCGCGGCGCUGCCGGCAGCGCGGGCCGUGGGCUGCGUGCGCUUCGCCACGGCCGCCGGCGGCCCCCGCUGCCCCGCCGCCCGCCCCCACUUCCUGGGCGGCACCAUCAUCAUCGUCAUCGGCGGCGCCAUCGCCGCCUCCGUCCUCGUCUUCAUCCUCAUCCUCACCGUGCGCUACAAGGCGGCCGGCGCCCGCCGCCGCCCGCCCGCCGCCGCCGUGCACAGCGUCUGCUCGCAGACCAACGGCGCCCACCCGCCGGGCGCCAAGCACCCCGACGACCCCGAGGCCGGGCUGGGUGCUGCGCCGGGGCCCGAGGCGCCGGGUGCCGUGGGUGCAGCGGGCGCGACGGGCGCGACGGCGGUUGCAGCGGGCGCGACGGUUGCGACGGCGGGCGCGAUGGUUGCGACGGGCGCGACGGUUGCGACGGCGGGCGCGACGGCGGGCGGGAUGGGUGCGGCGGCGGGCGCGAUGGGUGCGAUGGGUGGCGGCGGGCCGCCGCGGCAGCGGCACUCGUUCGACGGCGCCCGCGGGCUCUUCCCCAGCCACAGCUACCCGCGCCGCGCACGGACACGACUGCACGGCUCCGCCUCGCGCCUCGACGCCGCCCCGCCGCCCCGGCGCCCGGCCUUCGGCAGCACCGAGUGGAUGCUCGAGAGCACCGUGUGAGCCGCGCCGGGGCCGCCGGCACCCUUGGGUGCUGGCACGCGGCGCCUCCGGGGCCCGCAGGCAGCUUUGGGUGCCCCUGUGCGUGCUGGGUGCUCCGGGUGCUUGCGUGCAUCCGUGGCACCCUUGGGUGCUCGUGGGUGCCCCUGCGUGCCCGAGUGCCUCCGGGUGCUUGUGCACGUUUCUGGCACCCUUGGGUGCCCAUAUGCACGCUUGGCACCUCUGGGUGCUUGUGCACAUUCUUGGCACCCUUGGGUGCUCGUGGGUGCCCCUGCGUGCCCGAGUGCCUCUGGGUGCUUGUGCACGUUUCUGGCACCCUUGGGUGCCCAUAUGCACGCUUGGCAUCUCUGGGUGCUUAUGCACGUUUCUGGCACCCUUGGGUGCCUCAGUGCACGCCUGGCACCUCUGGGUGCUUGUGCACAUCCUUGGCUUCGUUGGGUGCCUGAGUGUGUGCUGGGCACCCCUGGGUGCUUGUGCACAUCCAUGGCACCUCUGGGAGCUCAUGGGUACCCCUGGGUGCCCCAGUGCACGCCUGACACCUCUGGGUGCUUGUGCACAUCCGUGACACCCUUGGUGCCUGUGUGCGUCUUUGGGUGCCUGAGUGUGUGCCAGGCACCCCUGGGUGCUGGUGCACAUCUGUGGCACAUCUGGGUGCCCGAGUCCAUCUCUGGGUGCCCAAAUCCAUCCCUGGGUGCUCACGAGCAUCCUUGGCACCCCUGGGUGCCCCUGCCCCCCCCAAGCACCUGCAUACACCCCUGGGUGCCCUUGAGCACUGUUGGCACCCCUGGGUGCCCCUGAGCACACCCGGGACCCCAGUGCCCCCCCGGGAACCAGCGUGCACCCUGGGGUGCCCCCCCUCCCCGCCUCCAUGUGCCCCCCCCAGGGCACCCGUAUGCACCCCGGGACCCGUGCGCAUCCCGCACACGCGUGUGCACCCUUGGGACCCCGCGACGCGUGGGGGCACCCGGCUAGGCGCGCGCGCCCGCACACGCGUGUGCACCCGGACAUGUGUGCAUCGCACCACGCGUGCGCACCCUGCUACAUGUGCAUCGCACCAGGCGUGCGUGCCUGCACACGCGUGUGCACCUGGACAUGUGUGCAUUGCACCACGCGUGUGCGCCCGGACACGUGUGCACCCUGCUACGUGUGCAUUGCACCACGCGUGUGCACCCGGACACGUGUGUGCACCCGGACACGCGUGUGCACCCUGCUAGGCGUGCACACCCCGACACGCGUGUGCACCCUGCUCCGUGUGCACCCGGACACACGUGCAUUCGGACACGUGUGUGCAUCGGGACACGCGUGUGCCCCCGCCACGCGCGCCCGGCCCGGCUCGCUCUUCCGCCGCGGUGCCUUAGGACAGCCGAAGGAACAGCCGGCGGGACAGGCGGAGGGACAGGCGGAGGGACAGGCGGCGGGCGCCCGCCGGGACACGCCACAGACACGUCUGCACAGAAGACACGAGAACCGCCGCCCCGGGCAGCGCGCCGGAGGCGGUUCGUUAGCGCUAACGAGGACGGACGCCGGCCCGCCGGGCGCCGGGGCCUCCUAUCUGGCUGGUCUGGAUACCCCCGGGGGGGGCUCGGCCCCCAGCCCGGGCACCCUGACCCCCCCACCCUGACCCCCCCCAGCACCCUGACCCCUCCUCUGCACCCUGAUCCCCCCCCCAGC